AUGAAAGAUAAAAUAAAUCAAAAAAUAUCAAGCCCUCCUACUGUUGUUGAUUUAAAUAUAACUGCACAUGAUGGUGAAAUACACACAAUUGCAUCAACUGUUGAUGGAAGUAUGUUUGCUACAGGAAGUGCCGAUAAAACAAUUAAUGUAUUUGAUACAGAAACAGGGAAUGUAAAACAGACAUUAACAGGACCACAUCAAUCUAUAAUGCAUGUGUCUUUUAAUAAUACAAACGAAGCAAUUGUUUGUGCAUCAAGCGAUAAUGUUGCUAGAGUUUGGUCAUUAAAUACAGGCAGAAUAGCGAUUACAGGAAGCCAUGAUAGAACUAUAAAAGUGUGGGAUAUUCAAAGAGGAUAUUGUAGCAGAACAAUUUAUGCAUAUUCUAGUUGUAAUGAUGUGGUUUCAUUAGAUGAUUACGGAACAACGCUUGCAAGUGGACAUCUUGACAAUAGCUUACGGUUUUGGGAUGUUAAAUCUGGUAAAGAUAUAAAAGAAUUGACAAACAUUCAUCUUGGACAAAUUACAUCUGUUUGUUUAUCACCUGAUCGUACGAAAGUGUUAACAAAUUCUCGUGAUAAUUCACUUAAAUUGAUUGAUCUAAGAACAUAUCAAAUUGAACAAACUUUAAAGUAA